CUUUGACCCCCUUUCCACUCGGGCAUCCUUCUUCCAUCCUCCACUCCAACCCCAUUCUCACUUCUCCCCCCUUCAGAACUCCUUUGUUGUCUUCACCCAUCAUCCCGUCACCUUCAUCAUGGACUCGUCACCCAACAUGCCCCCUAUCUCCAUUGACCCCCCGUGCAGUGCAGCAGAACGUCGCCGUCGCGGCAGGGGCGUCGACACCAUGUCAGCUAUGCCAACCCCCGAACGGCCAAAGCAACACCUGCCAACACCUGUGGCACAGCGUCGUCGACCCGAUGACAUCGCACUGUCUGACCACACUGGCGUCCACCUUCCCACCCCGCAGACACUGCCGCGCAAGCGCGCAUCCCCGCGCACUGAUGAUCCUUCAUCGCCCAGCGGACGCACACAAUUCUUCUUCGCACAGUCCGCCGAGCACGCCGAGCAUGCCGAGCGAGUCACGGUGCCCCCACGGCGACGUCCCGGUCUCAUGUUUGCUCAACAGAUGGGGUUGACGCAGACCGGCGAGACAUCCGAGAUCAAGUUUGGCGCUAGACUCGGUGUCGGGGUGGGUAUGGGAGGGACAAUGCGCAACACGCAUGGGCCUGUCGACAAGGUGACGCCCAUCGAACCUCACGACGACAAUCCCUUUCUGGUUCAGUCAUCCUUUCGCACAAGCAAUCCGCUCCCUGCGUCAACGUCUCGACCCAUCCCGCCAGCACCUGGAACAGACACCUCAUAUGUGCCCCAGGCUGUACGUCCGAGCGCGGAGCGCUCCGUUUCCCCUCACCCUCGGAGACACCCUCGCCCCCUUGCUCCGAAUGAGCUGACAACGGAGGCGCGGCGCCGCCGGGCGAUGAUGGACGAAGAUAACCCGUUCAUCGCCAAGCCAGGAGAGGUGGUACGCCCUCGCCCUACAAGAGAAGACAAGCCUCAUGUCACUUAUGUUUUCCGCGGAUCCAAGAAGGUGUUCGCCAACCCCUUCUUCGCCCCCGAAACAGCAUACCCUCCAUCGCAACUGGAUCCGAAGGACCCGGACUUUGAUCCACAUCCCUGCCCAAAGCCGCGCCUGCUGUUCCCAACGCCCGCUUCGCCCGAGCCCUCCGCACCUGGGGCCGAGAUGCGUCCACGGGGUAAACGCACCCUUGCGGACUAUCAGUCGAUGGACAUGGACGCCGGGCCGAGCGACGACGACGACGAUGAGGAUGUUCCACGUGACUUUGUCGACUCUGAAAGCGAUGAGGAACUGCCGCUGCGGCGCGGCAUGCUCUUUGGUCCGGGAGGGAUGAAGCGCGAUGUGGAGACGCCUGAAGCCAAGGCACGUAAGCGUGCCCGUGCGUGAGGUGUGGUUUUUACAGAAUAAUCAGUACAGGGGAUGUUUGUUGGGUUGUAGAUAACCAUGCGACAGGAGUGCUUUGUUCAGCG